AUGAAAGUGUUGUUUCGUAGAUCAUGUCGUUUUCAUAUGUUAGGAAAUGAAAUUCUAGAAAUUGUCGGUUCAUAAUUUUAAUUUUUUGCGUAAUUUAACAGUGUAAAUAUUAAAAGUUAUCAGAUCGUUAUAUAAAAUGUAUAAUUACUGAUUAACAGAUGUCAAUAAAGACUGUUUUCGUAUGUGCAUUUUCAUACAAAAUGGCAGGAGAGACGAGAAAUUUGCAUUUUGAUAUAAGCUGAUGUGAAAUGUGAAUAAGUGAUACAGACUUUGUUGUGUGAGUGGCGAGUGUUUUAAUUGCAGAAAUGUGGACAUAGUGUUUACGAUGGGUUCGCAAACGCUGGAAAUUUUGCGUCAAGGUGUUUGGGCAUCUUUGACAGGUGGCUGGUUUUACGAUCCCCACCAGAAUUUGUUCUGCAAUACAGUGCAUUUGUAUAUAUGGCUAUUCUUAUUAUGUCUCCCAUUUUCUGUUUACCUGUACUUCCCCCCAGCAAGUGUAGGCUGGAUAAUCUACUGUGCCCUUGUCGCCCUGCUGUUCACAUGCCUCAAGCUGCUGAACCAUGGCCUUCACCACAUGUAUGAUACAAAGGAAUGCAUUGUGGUACAACCAACUGGAGAUCCAGCUAACCCUUAUGCUGGAUCAACGCAAGAAGAAGGAAUGGAGAUGAUGCGGCUAGGUGUUGCAUUGGGCAGUGCUUUAGAGAAUGAUAAUGAGUCUGCCACAUCAUUGGAGUAUCAUAAGCCUAAUAAUAGUACCAUAGAUCUUAAGGUUGAUGUCCAUCGUAAAAACAGUUCAGAGUCCAGUAUGGAAGAUAGUGCUAUGUCAUUGAAACCACCCGAAGCCGUUGCAACAACUAAAUCUGAUCUCUGCGUCACACAAACUACAGAGACACCCGGACCAUCGAAAGCAAGACCUAACAAUAGAAUUCGAUGCGCUCACAAAAGAGAAAACAGAACAAAAACAAGGAGAACACAUGCUAAUAGAAUUGAUGAACUUAUAGUUGAAGAAGCAUCUAGAAAUCAAAUGUAUGUCAAUAAUCAUCCUGUACAUGUGUUGUCUGAAGACGGAACAUUCGCUAAAGUCAGUCGAAGGUAUCACGAAUGUCCCCAUCGCCGCUGCGCUAAGAGCAGAGAUUUCUUUAAAGAGUGGUUGUACUUGGAUACCAGAGAGAAUGGAGAUCCUUAUAAUCAGCAUGUAGUUCGCCAGCUCAGCUCCGAUUCCAGAGACAAUUCGGAGCCGAGCGUUGGACCUCCUUCGCCCAAGAAAAGGACAGCACAUCGCCGGAGAUAUAACAAUUACCCAGAUGAGAGUUGUAGCAAAUCUGCCAUGGCUCUCGCGACGCAACCGAGUAAUAUGAGGCGAAAUUCAAAUUCCACCAUGUCAACCAUACAGUUACCCCUUCUCAAUUCAACAGCACAAUUGGUUUCCCACAUGAGAAGACAUUCGAAUAAUGCAGACACAGGGUUUUUUGCUAGUGUUGAACUCGGUGAAUACAUGAUGGUAAAAGCGGAACCUCCAGCAUGUGAAGCUGAAAAAAAUAAAGGCAAAAGCCCAGGAGUGAGACGUAUCAAAAGCGCGGCUUUGGAAAUAGGAUGCCCUCCCCCUAGUGUUUCGAACUUAUCUCCCCAUCCUAACAGUGCUGAAACUAUCGGCGGUCAAGUCUUAAAGAACCCUAAAAAUGCUGUGAUACCUCCUCCUAGUAAAAGUUUAACUCGUGGCCCACAUUUGAAUCUUUACCCUAAAAAUGAAUCAGGCGAAGGUUGUAGUUACCCAUACUUGACGUACGGUUCAGAGAUCGUUUAUCCAAUAGCAGAAAUAUCAGAUGAGAUGCAAACAUCACAGAAAGAGACGGAUUUAGAUUCGAGUGGUGACAGUUACAGUGAUUAUGAGGAUGAGAAACAGUUCCGUGGUUUCGAUUGGGACGCGGAGCAAUCUCCCGCCGUGCGCUCCAGUGACUCCGACUACGAGAACAAUGGCUCGCGGUCUCCCUUGCUGGACCGAGCGGCUGACGUGCGGAUAGUUCGCUCUAAACACCACGGCGACGGCAAAAAACCCUGCUGCGAUAGACAUUCCAACACAAAACAUAACGCAGAAUGUCCAAACGAUAAAAUGAAACAUGUAAGACUGAAAAAGCUUUCUAAAAACUAUAAUUUCGAGAAUAAACGUCCCGAAAAACAAACCUGUGAAUGUAAAUAUAACCCGAGCGGCGAUUACUUCGAUAAAGCCAGCGCUAGUUCUAAAGAUUUGCUUAUAGAGAAAUCCAGUUUAGAAUCCAACGACAAUCCCGAACAAGAUAAGAAACCUGAAGAUAAGAAAGUUACGGAGAAGAAACUUUGGGACCACGAUAUAUCUAAUUCUAGCAGUAGUAGUGAUAAUAAUUUAGACAAGCUUCGAGUUGACAAUAAAUAUGACAAAAACGCGGCGCCGGAGACCGAGGAGUCACAAUUGACUUGCGACAGCAAAAGCGCGGACGAAAGGAGCGUCUACAGUUUAGAUUGGCUGUUUGAGGAGACGCCGGAGUCUACGCUGGUCUGUUGCAAAGAUGUCGCAGCGUGUGCCGUCCAAGGGGACACUCAGAAAUGUCCCGGCGCGCUAGGGGAAUCAUCCUCCAACGUCCCAAGAAACUUGGGAGCUAUACCAAAGCAGAUUAAAAAUUUAGCUCGGUCGCGGGCUUCGUCUCAGAAAGAAAAUAAGAAAAGAGACUCAAGGAAAGAGAGGGAAGAUAAUCAAAAUGAAGAUCGUAUUCUGCUGGACGCAGUGGAGGCGCAAGCGGCACUCGUACAGGGACUGGAGUGUUUGUUCGCUGCGACUAAUGCGAACACAGUGGUGAUGCCCGCGCCCAGCAGGGAUGAUAGAUCAAGAAGUCACCGUCAAAGUAUACGAGGGGAGAGGGAAAGUUCCAACAAAACUAGGAAACGAUCCAUCGAGGAAGUCGCACAGACAUCCACUAAUACAUUACUACCUACGUCAAUGCCAUUGUUGGCGGCUUUUCUUAAUUCGAGGGUGGAUUUCAUACCCUGCUGUGCCAACGAAAAUGCACCCGCGGAGCAGGUGCAGUACUCCGAGGAAGGUCAAAGACUCAGGCCUUUGAUGGAUCGCAAUCAUAGAAACAGGGUUAGGAAAAUUAAACGUUCCACUCGGCAGCGAAACAACCCCGCGUUGCAAAGUAGCGAGAAAAAGGACAAGCCACCGUCUACAGAAAAUCCUAACAGUUCAACUAAUGUUCAUUUCGCGACUUCAUUUGACGAUACAAGCGACGGUGCUAUUCACAAGUUUAUGGACGAGUACGGCAACUGGAUGUCGUAUACAUUUGAUAAGAACAGCGUGGGGAGAACGCAGGUGCAGCCCGUCACCGGACCCGACAAGGAAGAUAACGCCAAAUGUAACAGAGUUAAACCGACCGAAAUACCUGAUAACUGUCAGGAAACAAACGGGGAGGGAAGCUGUGGCUCUCUGGAAUCAGAGGCGGGAAACAGUGAAAGUAUAAGUAAAACGAAGCGAGGGGACAGCAUAGACUCUUCAAAUCAAGGCAGCAAUAAUCCGCUGCUUUCCAGUAAUAAUAACGUUUCAACAGUAGUUCCUAUUAAUACGAAUCCUACUAACAAACGAUUCUACGUGUUCGAUGGUGGCACCGGCAGCGACCAGCCGCGCUCGCCAGUUGCCUACGUCACAGACAGUCUACUGGAACAGAUCGAGGCGGAGCGCCAGUCGCGCAUGGGCCUUCCAAGUAUGCAUAUCAACUUCCUCAUGAGCCAGCAACGCGCCAACCAGCAGGCGCAGCAGCAGCCCGACACCACAUCGGCUAAUGCGCCCAGUCUCAUGCCUUCCAUCGGUGAGGAAACAGUAGAUCUAAACAUUAGGAAUAAGUUCUCCAAACUCAUGGACGAGAUCGAGAAAGCGAAUCAACCGAAACCAAAGAGUUACUAUAAAUUUAAAUUAUCGAAGUGCCUCGAAAUUAAAAUAACGAUGGAUAGGUUAAAAUUGUUGGCACUAUUCGAUAGAAAUUUAACAUUUAGGGAAACUUUCGUGUCGAUAAUGUUGGCGAUCAGUGUCGCCGUGCUCGGCUCCAUGGUGUUGAACCUCGGCUUCUACAAGGAUAUCUACGCGUUCUGGUUUUGUUUCAUAAUGGCGGGCAGUCAGUACUCCCUGCUGAAAAGCGUGCAGCCCGACUCCGCCUCACCGGUGCACGGAUUCAACAAAAUGGUCGUAUUUUCUCGACCCGUUUACUUUUGCAUAUGCACCGUAAUUUUGUGCGGCGUGCACACUCAACUCGAACAAAUGACAGUACCCGCAGAUGAGAAUUUCAGAAGUAGACGCAGUAUCGAUGAAAUAAAACCGUUAACAGUCUACGGAUUUGAAUUCAACGAGCGUGAUUUUUUAUACGUCAUCCAGGAGAUUAUUUCAAAGUUUUUACUGUUUUUUCCUUUGGCCUUCAGUUUGGGUCUUUUUCCUCAAGUAAACACGUUCCUAAUGUACUUGCUGGAACAAAUAGACAUGCACGUAUUUGGGGGCAAUGCUACCAGUAGUUUAAGUGCCGCGUUGUACUGCGUGGUGCGCUCUCUGGCGGCAGUGGGAGUGCUCUACGGGUUCGCAUACAGCGGUCUCAUAGAGGGAAAGAAAUCGCAGCACCAAAAGCAUAAUAUACUCUUUUCAAUUUUCUGUGGCCUGCUCGUCCCCAUCGCGUAUCACUUGAGCCGGAGUGCCAGUGAUUACACUCUGAUAUGGAAUCUUAUAAAGAAGCACCUCCUCCCGCCGGAGCUCUACGUCAUCCAGAACCCUGAUUGUGCUCCCGAAUUGGAAAAGACUGAACCCAAUCCAUUGAGUGAAGAUAAAAAGAACGAUUCAGAGAGUAAUAUCUCGAAGCAGAACUCCAUAGGUAGUUCCGCUUCGAAGAUUAACUUUAGCUCGGAGACGAACAUAGCCAAGUCGCAGAAGAGAUCGCAGGCGUCUAGUGUUAGCUCACUGAAGAUGGAUCCUAAAGGAGACAUGAAUUCAACCAACUCUCUUAAACUCGAUCCUCCGACGGAGAUUGAAGAUAAAAGCAGGGAUACCAAUACAAAUAAUUCUACAACAAAUAAGCAAGACAUGCCUGAUAAGACAGAUGAAGAUAUGGAAGAUCCGCUGCCGAAGAAACUGCAAGCCACGGUGAAUGCGAGGCUAAAGAAUGACGUCAUUGUGUGCACUUUUCUCGGGCUAUGUGUGUUCGGCCUGCAUUGUACCACGGUGUUCACGACGCUGCGACCUCAACUGAACACGGUGUUGUGGAUAAUAGCGGGCUCGCUUGGCUGGGCGUUGCACUAUGUGACGCCGCAGCUGCGCAAGCAGCAGCCCUGGCUGUGUCUCGCGGGGCCCGUGCUGCGUCAGCAUGAGCACGCGCAGUUUGAAGUCACCGAGCCGGCCAGGCUUAUGAUAUUUGAAAAGAUCUUCGUGUACCUUUGUUUCCUGGAGCGCAACGUGCUGUACCCCGCCGUGGUGAUAGCAGCCACCACACAAGACGCGCCCGCCAUUGCGGAUAAAUACGGCGACACACUCGGCGCACUUAUCAUAUGCGUCUGCGCAUUGAAAUGUCUUCGUAACGCAUAUUCUGAACCGGAGUCUCAGUACCUGAUCGUGGUGUUCGCGGUGCUCGUCUUCCAGCUGGACCUUGCCAGCCGUGAUGUCUCUGAGACCUUCCUAGUAGACUAUUUCCUCAUGGCCAUUAUAUUCAAUAAAGUCUACGAGUUUUUACUUAAGGUGCAAUUUGUGGUGACGUACAUAGCGCCAUGGCAGAUAACAUGGGGCAGCGCAUUCCAUGCGUUUGCGCAGCCGUUCUCAGUGCCGCACGCCGCCAUGUUGUUCCUGCAGGCCGCGCUCUCCGCACUGCUCUCCUCACCGCUCACUCCUGCAUUGGGUAGCGCUAUAUUUAUGACGUCAUACGUGCGACCUGUCAAGUUUUGGGAGCGAGAUUACAAUACGAAGAGAGUGGACCAAAGUAAUACACGGCUCUCUUCACAAUUAGAAAGGAAUUUAGGAGCAGAUGAUAAUAACCUGAAUUCAAUAUUCUACGAGCACCUGACGCGGUCUCUGCAGCACUAUCUCUGCGGGGACCUGAUGCUGGGUCGCUGGGGACAGGUGCAGCAGGGAGACUGCUUUGUACUGGCUUCCGACUACUUGAACUGCCUAGUGCAUAUAGUAGAAGUGGGCAACGGGCUGGUCUCCUUCCAGCUGCGAGGACUAGAGUUCAGAGGCACUUACUGCCAGCAGAGAGAGGUGGAGGCCAUCUCUGAAGGACCAGAGGAGAGUAGCGAGGGCGUGUGCGCGCGGUGGUGGUGCGGCGGACGCGUGCUGGCUCCGGGCGCGUGCUGGGCGCUGCGCUGGCUGGCGUGGCAGCUGGCGGCGGCGCGCUACGUGCUCGAGGGGUACUCCGUCAGCGACAACAGCGCUGUCUCCAUGCUGCAGGUCUUUGACUUCCGGAAAGUUCUACUCACAUAUUAUGUCAAGAGUAUAAUCUACUACACGAUACAAUCCAGUAAGCUGGAAGAGUGGCUGGCUUCACCCACUAUAGCAGAAGCCCUCAAACCUAUGAGUGAGAGGUCAUUUGUAGACCUGGACCCCAUAUUCAAUGUCAAUUUGGAUGAGGACUAUGAUUUUAGAGCUUCAGGAAUUACUAGGAGUCGUUUCUGUGCGGUGUACCAGGAGUGGGUGGUGGUGUGCAGCGCGCGGCGCGGUGCGGCGUGGCGGCGGCGAGCUGGCGCCCGCGACUCCCCGCUCGUCACACUCUGCUUCGCGCUCAGCCUGCUCGGCCGCCGCGCCCUCGCCGCCGCUCAGCACCUCUCCGCCUCCAGCAGCGUGGAGUUCUUCCUGUACGGGCUGCACGCGCUGUUCAAGGGCGACUUCCGUAUCACGUGCGCGCGCGACGAGUGGGUGUUCACCGACAUGGCGCUGCUGCAGGCUGUGCUCGCGCCCGCUGUGCGCAUGGCGCUCAAGCUACACCAGGACCACUUUAUGUUCCCCGAGGAGUACUGCAGUGCAGCGGCACUGUACGCGGCCAUAUCAUCGCACGCGCAGCGCCUCGUCAUCUGCCACGAGGCCGCGCCCGCCUGGCGCUACAACGUGCUGCGCGGCGCACCCCACCUGCUCGCACUCCGUCAUGUGAUGGACGAAGGUAACGAUGACUACAAGAUAAUAAUGCUGAACAAGCGCUUCCUCGGCUUCCGCGUCAUCAAGCUGAACCGCGAGUGCGUGCGCGGACUGUGGGCAGGACAGCAGCAGGAGCUCGUUUACCUUCGCAACCGUAACCCUGAGCGCGGCUCCAUACAGAACGCUAAACAGGCGCUGCGCAACAUAAUAAACUCUUCGUGCGACCAGCCGAUCGGGUAUCCGAUCUACGUAUCCCCGCUGACGACGUCGUAUGCGGACAGCUCGCCGCAGCUUCGCGCACUGCUCGGCGGACCUGUCUCCGUCGCCGGACUCAGGCGUCGCCUCGCCGACCUCUGGACACGUGUGCGACGUCGAUGUGGCGAGGGCUGCUCCAGCGGCGGCGCGUGUGACGCUGCGAGUGCGGAGGCGGGCACCGCGCGCCCCGCACCCCCGCCACCCCCCGCACCCUCCCUGCAGCUCUCCCGCAACUCACUCGCGGGCACUCGCGGCAGUCUGGCGAGCGCGGGCAAGCCGACCUCCUCAACCCUGGCUUCACUGGCGGGACUGCUGCGCGACCACUCGCAUGACCGCACGCACGAGGAUGCAUCAUACGGCAGUCAGGACAGUACGGAGGCGCGGCGACGUAGUGAGGAGCGCGGUGGUCGCAGGGAGAGGAACAUGCGCGCGCGCAGUCAGCCGGGAAACCGCAACCGAGCGCGAGCUGAGCGCGCACCCUCUGCCCGUCUGCUGAGCGACGCACGCGCACCGCACGGAGAUGCGCACGCGCAACAAGGAUCAAACAGCUGGGAGUGCAGUUGGCGUGAGCCGCCGAGACGAGCAGCCAGCGCUAAGGUGUCGAGCAGUCAGUACGGCAGCGCGGAGUCCUCGCUGGAGGAGCUGGCGCUGGGCGGAGCUGACACCGCGACCACAGACUGCAGGCCCGCCAGGGGCCGACAUGAACACCUCGCCAGAUAUUUCCUAAACGAGGGUACAUCCAAAGAUCUAUCCAGACUGAGCAAAGAUAUAAGACACGAACGGGAAAGUUAUCGCGAGCUGACAGGACGGUACACGGACAAGUCUGAAGCUAUACCACUCAAGGAGACACAUUACUCAGACUUAUCUAACAAAGAAACUAUACUGAAAAAGGAAACGAAAAAGGACUCUAAGCCUAAGGAAAUAAAGACUAAAAUCAAACGAUCGGAUUCCGGCAGGAGUGAGUUGAAAAUGAACGUGAGUGUUGGCAGUAAAGUGCUGAUUGUGGAGCCUCUGGGUGUAUACGACUGUAUCAACCUGGGCAGGAGGAUCGACGUGCAGUGGCCCUCCGAGACGCAGAGGGAGAGGGGCGGCAGGAAUUACUGGGCCAGCUGGGUGCCUAUGGCAGGAAUGGACGGACUGGUGGUGCACAAAUGGACCCCCAACCACAGAGACCCCAAGUUGAGGUCACAUGUCGACAAAACAAUACUUCUCGUACAAAUAGACGAUAAAUUCGUUCCCAUAGCUGAAAACUGCGUACAAGAUCUCGGCGAUGAAGUUUGAAUUUUAUUCGUAUCAACGUAAGGUUCAAAAUUAAAAACCAAAUAUGAGAUUGAAUAAAAUUGUCUAUGGAUUUGAAAUUUGUGGUAAUAUUGUGUGAUAUGUCUUAUAAGACUGUAUUUGGAUUUUGUAGAACAAAUUCUUCGAUUCUUGCCUAAGUUGGAAUAAUCGAUUUCAUAUAACAUAGUCAGCGUAAGAUUCUUUGGUCAAAAAUACCAUAAACAUUUUUUUUUUUUACUUUUGUCCGAUUGAUUUGGGGACAAAAA